CUAAAUAAUUGAUGUCUAUCAUACCGGUAUAUCAUACGGCUCAGGCAAUGUCCAGUGCACCCUGUUCUUCAGUUGCAUCUUUCACUGAGAAGCGAAGCCAAGAAAAGCCUAUUGCUAUCGCACUCUACGUCUACGGAACUCACGAAGUGCAAAGUUAUACAGAACAGGUUGCAAAACUGACGUGCUACAGUCUUAAUACGGUACCGUACGUGUCCAAGAAUUUGAUACCCACGAAUCGCAUCAAAAAGUAUCACAUCAAACACAACUAAACAAUAGCGACAACAGCACCUACACCUAGACAUGUUUCAUCAAAGUAGUAGUAGUAGUAGUAGUAUCACACAGUAGUAGCUACGUGAAUUGAAUUCCAAUGUCGGAGCCACUACAGCAUAGCCAAGGAAGCUGUAUCAAUAUCAACAGAGUGGUCUUCGUUGAUGAUAUCGAGAUGGGCAGCGACUCGAAUUUCGCUUCCAGCGAGAACACAACGACCGGAGACGAAGUAAUGGUGGAAGGUAUGGCAAACUCGAACGAGUUCUCCAUCGUGGGACCACUUCCCGACGAGAAUGAGAGAAACCAAGCGUCGUCUUCCGAAUACAGCCACGACAACAGCAGCAGGAACCAGAACCAGAGCACUUCCUUUCUAAAGAACCGAAAGGGCAAGGCUCUGCGCCGCGGCUCCGGCGCCACUCAGAGUACCUCCGGAAACAACAGCGGCCUCACCGGGAGCGUCUCGCUCCGAUCCCGGUCCUCCCACUCCACGGGGGGAUCCAGUGGCAGCGGCAGCGUGUACUCGCCCCAUUUCAAAGCGACCCCGCGGCCCAUUUGGUACGGUCGGUGGCUCUUUUUUACGCUGCUGUGCCUGGUAGCGGUAGCCCUCGGAUACCUCACCUACAGCUCUCUGUCGAACAACGAA